UUAAUAAAUGAAAGAUCCAAUGAGCACCUGGCGAAGAACAAAGCAAAUCCACACAAUCGAUCAUCUUUCCUCGUCGACGACGAACACAACGGCAAACCAACUAUCUAUCUAUCUAUCUAUCUUUCUGUCUGUCUGACAAUAAUAACUAUACAAUAACUAUAACAACCAUGCCGAGGGCUCCAGUCCGAGCCAGUCCCAAGAAUAUAUCAGCGAAACGCGGCGAGAAGCGCUCGGGUGGUGGACCAUGUAACUUUCCGACCUUCCUGACGGCCAUUUGCUGUUUGAUGGCGGUCUACUUGUUUGCCGUGAGCAGCAGUCAACGCGCUACCAUUGAACAAUCUCAGUUACUCGUGGCCGCGCAAAAGAGGAAUACGGGGAAUAUUAUUGAAAAUAGUAAUCAGCAAAAAACAACCACAACAACCAAAGUGGAAAAAUCUGUAGAGACGACUCCUGUCAUGAAGAAACCAGGCCAUGAAGUGGCAGGGUUGAAUUGCGAUCCUUGGGGAGGACCUCCCAAUGAUGUGGCGGCCGAAAUGGUGUAUUGGAAGGACAUUCCGCAAGAUGCUCAUUUCCAAAGUCCCUUUAAAAAUGUCGGACCAAAGACCAAAUAUCUGACCUUUGAACCCGAUGAAGGCGGCUGGAACAACAUUCGCAUGGCCAUGGAGACGGCCGUGACGAUGGCAUUGGCCAUGGGCCGAACACUCGUGUUGCCACCGGAACAGGGCAUGUACUUGCUGCAUCAAAAAGACAAGGGACAAAAGAACCGAUUCACAUUCAAAGACUUUUUUCAUUUUGAUUCCGUCGAAACCGAACAUCCCCAUUUGACCGUCAUUUCCUUUACCGAAUUCUUGCAACGAGAAGCCAUGACCGGCCAUUUAUUGGACGCCAAAGGCAAACCCAGUUUCCCACCCCGCAAUCAGACCAAUUGGGAUGGAAAAUUCCAUAAUUAUGAAAUGGGAAAACGAGGGGUCUUUCCGUGGUUACGAACCGUUACCAAAGUGUUGGACUGGAAUAUGGACAAGUGUCUGGCAUCUUUUCCCAAAGAACCCGGCCCAACGGGAGUCGCCAGUUUGAAAGCGGCAUUUGCGGACGCCAAACAAAUCAUGGAAAAAAUCGGUGCUCAAAAACGCAUCAAUUCCUACAACAACAAUCCCACUCCCGUCGAUGCACCUCCAGAAGCACGGAUACGUGAAAUGCUCGCCACACGCCAGAAUUUGUGCAUUUACGACGAAUCCUUUCAACAGGCACCCGUCGUGCAUGCCAUGGGCGACAAUGAUUCCGGGGCACGCAUGUUGGCCCAUUUCUACUCGUUUCUAUUCUUUGAAGACUGGAAACACGAUCAAUGGACCAAACGAUUUGUCCGGGAUCAUUUGCGAUACGUCGAUCAAAUUCAAUGUGCCGCCGCACGAUGGAUUGACUUUUUGCAUAUGAAAGCGCGGCAAUUCGGGGAGCCCAAUGGAAACUUUUAUACCAUGCACAUUCGACGAGGGGAUUUUCAAUACAAGGAUACACGGAUAGAAGCCGAUGUGAUUUUUGAAAGUAUUCGCGAUGUCAUUCCCGUCAAUGCGACACUCUAUAUUGCCACGGACGAAAAGGACCGAAGCUUUUUCAAGAUUUUUCACAAGAACUAUCGCGUCUAUUUCCUCGACAGUAAUCCACCCUUGGCGGAAGGACUCAAUACCAAUUUUUACGGAAUGCUGGACCAACUCAUUGCGUCCAAAGGACAUGUCUUUGCCGGGACGUACUACUCUACAUUCACAGGAUACAUUAAUAGAAUGAGAGGAUAUCGAUCCCAAACAGACAAAUUGACAGGAUAUCAACGGGGAGAAAUUGACAGUUACUACUAUGUUCCCAUGAAUGCCAAAUUUGCCGUCAAGGAGUAUCGGCCGCCGCAUCCGCCCUACUGGGCGCGAGAGUUUCCAAUAGGUUGGAGAGAAAUCGAUAAGAGUUUGGAAGCUUGAGAAGUCUUUAUGACGCCCAGCUAGCAAGCGCAGUCCAUGGUUCGAGUCAUUCUUCCAAAUAAAACGACAAUUUUCAAAUACACGUGUACCAGCGAUGCUCGUGCAUUUCGUUCUCUUCUCAAACAGAAUCGAGUGUCGUUUUCCAUAGUCUAUCGAUAGAUCUGAGGACGGGGGUAGGAUGUUUCCUUCUGGGGCAUUAUAUUUAUUGCAAGAACUACAAUAAGGUGUUUCGUCUGCACCAAGUAUAACUGUUCAUUUUCUUCG